AUGGCUUUCUACAGCGGCGAGGAGCCUCCAGGUUCGGUGGCAGUGGCGGUGUCGGGGAGUCGAAGCGAGAUGGCGGUCAGCUGGGCGGUGGAGAACCUCUUCCCUGAUGCCCGCCGAGUGCUCCUCCUCCAUGUGAUCCCUUCCAUCUCGGCGAUCCCCCAGCCUUGUGCGUACUUCUCUCUCUACAUUUCACCAUCCUCGAUGCUUUGUAUUAUGCUUCUCGGUGUUUCCAGUGGAGUCGCGAGGAGAGGAUGCUCGGCUCAUCGUUUUGUAUUUUUGAGCAGCGGGGAGGCUUGUUCCGAUCGGGGAAGUGAGAAGGGAAGUGGCGGAGGCGUACGAGCAAGGGAGGAAGCUGCAGGCCCUGCAAGAAAUUCUCCCUUUCAAGAAGUUGUGCAGGACAAAGAGAGAGGUCGUUUGAUGGUUUUCAUCAUUACGGCCCCCCAAACGACCCCCUCCUCCCCCCCCCCCGCCGGCCGCCCGCCUGUCGGAAAUGGCGGCGGAUCUCAUUCCCGUAAUCACAGUAGGAAUCUAGAACUUCACCUAGUUUCCUUUCCGCGCCGUUGCAGGUGGAAAUCCUGGUAUUUGAUGGCGACUGUGUCGCUGAUGUCUUGCUGAGAUACGUUUCAGAAUCCGGAAUCCAGAAUCUAGUGUUGGGCGGUUCUUCCUGGACCUGGUUUAAGAGGUAGACUAUUCGAUCAUCUCCGCAUUUAAAACGUUUUCAGUUCAUCCGCUUUUUUACAGAGAAAAUUGGCUCUAUAAUCGUAAUCAGUCAGAUAAGUGUCCCUUUUAAUUGUCUCUCUUUGAGGAUUCUUCUAAGGUUACUGUCCUAUUUAGUAAAAGAUUGUGGCAUUACCGAGUCUAGGGCGAGCUGUACUCUGCAGACGGUAUCCCCGGCAACUUAGAUUGGAAUACAAAUCUAGUCAUCUCCUGUGGUCUGCUGAGAGUACUGAGCUAUUCUACUGACCGACUAAUGGAUCUGCAGCGCGGAUCUUGUGGAAGUUCUCAUGAAGAAAACAAAAGAAAGACUGCACAGAGCCAUUAAACCAUGAAUGUGCAGAUAAACAGGCCCUGGUUACUUUUUUCCACAAAUUUUGAGAUAAUCUUGUCAGGAACUAAUCAAAACGUCCAGAUGCACGGGCUUGGUUUUUGAAACAGAACUCUUCAAAUAUGUCACAUAUGAGCAUCAGAAACUUUGCAGGUGAUACCAAAAUAAAUCUCCAUUGCAUAACUCGCGACAUCUUCUUUUUGUGCUUAUCAAAGUUACCCAAUGGAAGAAAGGGCAUGUUCGAUGCUCCACUUUGCAGAUUUGUUUUUCCGUAUUCAUCUCCAUGAAUCCACUGAAGUAGCCAAAUAUGGCUUACUAAGCAGAGCCAAUUUGUGUUUGCUAUGAAUAAAUUUCAUUCUGAUUCUAAAUUAGUUUAAUUUUACUUGGGAAAGUUUGCUAUAUUUGGUCCUCUUGGAGACGCUGAUCAGCAUGGGCUGAUGUUUGCCAGGUUACUAAAGGGGCCAGACGUGCCGACGGUUGUUCUUAAAUCAGCUCCAAGUUCUUUGAGCGUCUAUGUUGUGUCUCGACAUAAUCUCAUCACCAAAAUGGGCCACCAACCUGUAACCAACGGUACAUAAGCACGUACAUUAAUUAAUCAGUUUACCGCAUAUAUUUCUAGAUAUCAAUUGCUCGCGCCACCGAAUGAGAUAAUCAAGUUCUUGUGGACCCUUUGCAGGUCCUCGCAUCAAAACCAGGCAGAAAACUUUUACUCGGAGGGGAGGAAGCGCCCACUUCGAUAGGCAGAUGUCCAUCUCUAGCUCUUUCUCUGCAGACCUCAGAGAUGACGCUUUGCAAGUGCCUGCCCCUCCUGAUGUCAAUUGUGCAAACACCAGAGCCGAUGGGGAUGUUGGCGCCUUGACGACCGACAGCGACAACCGCCAUGCUUAUUCUUCCAUGGCUCCGGCGAGAGAACAGAGGAAGCGACGUUAUUUCAGCAAUGUCUUCCUGGAGAGCGGAGCCUUCGAGAAGCACGACUUCCUAGGUUCCUUCAGAGACAAACCCCCAAUCUUAUCGAAUUCCAGAAGUCAACGGAGUCAGGCAAGAAAUCGGUUAUUUUUGCUCAAUAAUAUCCUUCUUCUCAGUAAUCUUUCUCACCGGAAUUCCGAUCCAUGGCGACGGAAAUGGCUGUUUUUGGGUGAAAUCCUUAUGCAGUGUGAAGACAGUGACGAGGUCGAAAGAUUGAGGCUUGAGCUACGAAAUACCCUCGCCAUGUAUAACCAAGCCUGCAAAGACCUCGUUCACGCCCGGAAAAAGGUCAACUUACAGCUGACCCAUCUGCGCUUUAAAACGUCAACAUUUGAGAAGAGCCCCCCUCUGAGAGACAGGGAGAUGCCCACGGCAGGUCCAGACGCUCUCAGCCGAAUGCUCCGAAGAGACGAGGAGAGCGAGGGAAGCUCUGCAGAGAGAAGAGGUACUGAAGCACAUCGCCGCAGAAGAGAAGGCCAAGCACUUACUAGCCCUCAGGGAGGCGAGGGAAGCGAGACAACUGCUGGUAAAAGAGGCAUCUGAAAGGCGUGAGCGUGAACCAGAAGCCGACGCCAUUACAGAGGCCUCCAAGAAACCGGUGAACACGGAUGACCUUUUCUCUGGCCACGGCACCCACAGACGGUACUCCAGGGGCGAGAUAGAGGCCGCCACCGACUUCUUCUCCGCCUCCAGGAAGAUCGGCGAGGGCGGGUUCGGCAUCGUCUACAAGGCCAUCCUCGAUCACACACCCGUCGCCGUCAAGAUCCUCAGAGAAGACGCCAUCGGAAGAAGAGACGAAUUCCUAAGAGAGGUCCGGCACUACACUGCUCUUUGAUCCCUCCAAAAACCUCUCUACAAAUCCUCCAUGUUUUCCCAGGUGGAGGUUCUCAGUCAGCUGCGGCACCCGCACCUGCUGAUGCUGGUGGGGGCCUGCCCGGAGAGCGGCGGCCUGGUGUACGAGUACAUGGAGAACGGCAGCCUCGAGGACCGCCUGUUCCUGCGCCAAGAGGGGACGAGGCCGCUCCCCUGGUUCGUCAGAGUCCGCAUCAUCAUCGAGGUGGCGCGCGGGCUGGCCUUCCUGCACGGCUCCAAGCCGGAGCCCAUCGUCCACCGGGACCUGAAACCCGGCAACAUCCUGCUCGACCGCAGUCUGGUAAGCAAGAUCGGCGACGUCGGCCUUGCCAAGCUCGUGCCGCGCAUCGUGCCGGACGGCGUGACGGAGUACAGGGAGACCGUGCUAGCCGGCACGCUCCACUACAUGGACCCCGAGUACCAGCGCACUGGCACGCUGCGGCCCAAGUCGGACCUCUACGCCUUCGGGGUCGUCGCCCUCCAGCUGCUCACCGCUGCGCCGCCAAUGGGGCUGGCCACGAUGGUGGCGAGCGCCAUUGAAGGGGGCCGAUUCCCCGAGGUGAUCGACAGAACAGUCCCCGAGUGGCCGCUCGCGCAGGCGGAGAGGCUAGCCCGGAUGUGCCUCAGAUGCUGCCAACUGCGGUGCAGGGACAGGCCAGACUUGGAGUCCGAGGUCAUACCGGAGCUCGCGCGGCUUGCCGACAUGGCCGAUUCCUUCUCCAGAUUGAGCCCCAGCCAUUGCGCUGCGCCUGCGCAUUUCUUCUGCCCGAUUCUCCAGGUGCGCUUGCAGUGCAAUCCGUCCAUGGCUAACGAAGCUCCCCUUUUUGGUUGAUCUUCUCUCCGUCCUCCUCUCUGCCUUCCUCGGCGAAUGCAGGUGCUGAUGGAGAACCCCUACAUUGCCGCUGAUGGGUUCUCAUACGAGUACAGAGCGAUCAAAGCCUGGGUUGAGAAACAGAAGAUCUCCCCCGUGACCAGAUUCAAACUCCAACACACCUGCAUAACCCCAAACCAUUCGUUGCGCUCUGCUAUACAGGAGUGGAAGUCGGGGUUGACGGCACAGUACUGA